AUCUGGAUGCAGACAGACCCUCUGGUGCUUGGGCAGAAUCAACUUUCACCCACAUCUGGGGAGCCUUCUCGUACAAAGAGGCCUGACUCUUUUCCUGGGCGGCCACCGAGCCUGGAAUGGGUAAUGGACGGGUGGCGGAAGUGGGUUUAACACGGAAUGAGGCCGAGCCCAGCCUCCAUGGACAUGCUUUGCCGGAGGACAAGAGGAACGUGCUCAACUCACUGAUGUCUGGAGCGCUUGCCGGUGCUGUGGCCAAAACGGCUGUGGCUCCAUUGGACAGGACGAAAAUCAUGUUCCAAGUGUCGUCAACUAGGUUUUCUGCCAAGGAGGCUUACCGGCUGAUCUAUCGUACCUACCUCAAUGAAGGCUUCUUCAGCCUGUGGCGCGGGAACUCUGCCACCAUGGUCCGGGUGAUACCCUACGCUGCCAUCCAGUUCUGUGCGCACGAGGAGUACAAGCAACUCCUGGGCAGCUACUUUGGCUUCCAGGGAAAGGCCUUGACGCCACUGCCCAGGUUCCUUGCCGGCUCCCUUGCAGGAACGACGGCGGCCACGUUGACAUACCCUCUGGACUUGGUCCGUGCGCGGAUGGCCGUGACGCCCAAGGAGAUGUACAGCAACAUCAUCCACGUCUUCAUCCGGAUAUCUCGAGAGGAAGGGCUGAAGACGCUGUACAGGGGCUUUGCGCCCACAAUCUUAGGGGUCAUCCCAUACGCUGGGUUGAGCUUCUUCACAUAUGAGACGUUAAAGAAGUUGCAUGCGGAUCGCAGUGGGAGAUCACAGCCGUAUCCUGUGGAGCGGCUCGUUUUCGGGGCCUGCGCCGGUCUGAUCGGACAGUCGGCCUCCUACCCACUCGAUGUCGUGCGCCGGCGAAUGCAAACAGCGGGGGUGAUGGGGCACUCCUAUGGGUCCAUCCUUAGCACCAUGGGAGAGAUCAUCCGGGAGGAGGGACUUAUCCGUGGCUUGUACAAAGGCCUCAGCAUGAACUGGGUGAAGGGACCCGUUGCCGUGGGGAUCAGUUUCACGACCUUUGACCUGACCCAGAUCCUGCUCCGCAGGUGGCAGGGCAGCAGUGUGGACGUGGAGAGGUAGUGGCCAGCUUUGUUCAAGUUACUCAUGGAUGGGAGAGCGGUGACUGCCAGCAAACAGAAUCUUCCGGCUUAUUCCCCUCUCCUCCCCACCCCCCACCUCCCAAGCAAUGUUCUGAAUGACCUUGAAGGCUGUCCUGGAUGCGACCCCCCACAUCUAACUGAGGCUGGCUGUUCCUCAUUUUUGUGCGAUGGGUUAGCCAAGGAACAUCUCAGUAGCUCUUUCCAGGAAGUGGCAGAGAUUAAAUCCUCCAGCUGUUGAAGACGGACCUACCGUUCCUGGUGCUCUCAAAAAUCUGAAGGCAGUAGCUGUACUUUCUAGCCACUUCGCUGCACUGUGUUCGACCAUGUCUUGCCAAAUGCAGUACCUUGCCCUCCGUUCUGUUUGGUUGUUUGGACUUACCCAGAAUUUGUGAUGUAUUGGUUUGCCUCUCGUGUGUUCCGGUUUCUUUUGUUCUUUCAAAACAAUCCAUUUCCAAAGCUGAAGGAUUUACUGGGUUGGAAGCUGCCCCCGUCCUGUAACAAUUCUGUAUUGCACGUUGCAACCCUUCGCCUCCUGGGAAGAAGCCAAAGACAGGAUGGUUUGGUAAACCGAAGAGGGAUGCCAAAUCUUAACUUGUCCUCGUGAUCCAGGAAGCUCCUGGUUUUGAAACUGGAUCGAGAUCAAACUGGAUUGAAAUCGGCAGUGUUUACUUUUCUCAGAGCAGCGUUUUUUGUUGACAGUACAAUUUUCGAAACAUUAGGGUGCUGUUGGGUGAGCUUUACCGGCACACGGUGUAAAGGAGAACUGCUGCCCACUUGGAACAGUAGCCAUUGUGUUUUUUUUCCUGCUUCAGUAUUAUCAUUGUGUGUUUAAGCUACCAAGGGAGGGGGGGGGACCCGGCUUCUCAAAGGCCAGAACCCCAAGUGCCUGGGUGCAAAUGAGUUUUGGUUCUGGGUCAGUCUGGAGGCAUUAGAGGAUCUGCUUGGCUCUGGGCUGAGGAUGUGACGUUUCAAUCAGUUGCCCCCCCCCCCCAAUAUCCUUGCCUCUUUUUACAAGCGACACCUGGUAAUCUGAAGUGUACAGCUGCAGCCUCCUUUAGUGCCGAGUUUCUCCCCGCUAGCUGAAUAUCAGCUGCUGGUAUGGGUAGGAGAACUUGCCUAAUAACGAUGCCAAGGUGCUUUUUCUAAGAGCAGUCCGACAUCUGCCAGAGUGUCCAAGCCUCAGUGUGUGCAGAGUUUGUUCUCCGCUUGCUGUGCAGCAUCGGCUCUUUCCACUCGGCUACUUUAAAGUGUUAACACAGAGGUCCCCUUUGGGAAACGGACAUGAGCUUCAAGCACUUUUGAGACUUCCCUCCCGAGUCCCAGCUCAAUAACUUGAGGAUGGUUGCCAGAAUGUGUGUGUGUUUGGUUAGUUGGUUGGGAAAAAUGACCCGAGGACUGCUCCAUGUAUUGGCAUUGCAAGUUGCUCAGCCCACCUGUUCCAUGGAAGUGGCGUCUCGUGGCUUUCCUCUUUCUUGUGGCGCACCAUUCUGAGCUGCUUAUCACACCCCACUUAUGAUCUGCCCUCUUUUAUGAUCUGCCCUUUUUAUAAUCUGAGAGAUUCUUUGUUCCCUUAACAGGCGACAGGAAUUAGAAUGCCGUAACAAAUUGGCUUUUUAUUUUGGGGAGGAACGGAGGGUGGCAUGAGCAUCGUUGCUGCAGUCACCAAGGUCUACAGCACACCCAAAGCCUCUCAGAUUAACUUUUUAAAAAAAUGCACAACUUCAAUCGUGGGUUGUAUGCCAGAGACACUGCACAAGAAAGAUGUUAAAAGUUAGCCUGAUUGGUCCAUGUGCUCUGUCAACCCCUUUGAAUCACUUCCCCACUGCAUUAGUUGCAUGCUGCAAAUUCACAAACCCUGAAACACAAAAAGGUCUCAUUGUGGGCAUGAUAUUGCUAAUCCCUUUGGGAGGACACUUUCUUAGGUUGGUGGAGGAGUGUCUUACGUUCUGCACUAGGCACUUGGUUGGUGUGUGUAUGUGAGAGAGAGAGUAAGGUGUCCUUCCUCUUUGGGGCCAGAUUACCCAGCAGAAUCUAAUGCCUUGAAAACAAAUACAAAAAUCAAAACUUUCCCUUCUUCUUGGGUGGUAGCAUCCUAGAGUGGCAAAGUAGUUUGAAAGCUUGCAGGUUUUUGAAUGUGCACUCUCACCCCGUUACAAACCCUUCCCUGCUAGUAAAACGGGGGAAGCACACGGCCCUGGGAGUGAUUUAGCCCAAUUUCUCCCUGCUAGGUUGGCUUUUCACAUGGGGAAAAUUAGACUCGUUCUUGAGUCCGUUCAGCCCCAUUGAGAACUUAACUUUGUGUGGUGCUGGGUUUGUAAAACUUGGUUUCUAGUAGAACUUGACUUCUCAUAGGUGUGAGUUAGCAGUAAUACAUGACUGAUUUGGGGUAGGGGCAUCUUCCACGUUGUGAUCAUUUUUCCCUCGAGUCAGCGAAUCUCUUCAGGGGGUGGGAGAGGGGCUCUUCCCCAAGAUAUAUGGAAUAUCGAAGAUGUUCUAUCACAGUGAUUCUAAGCCGGUGGUUUUCCUCCUUUGGAAGCCCCCUGGGGUCCCUUGCCGUAGAAGGGAAGACAGGGUUCUCUGAAUGGUGGAUUCUUUCAGUAUUCCCACCUGCUACCACAGGGUAAUCAUGGCCAAUUUCUGCACUGUUCUUAUGGAGGAGUGGGAAUGUGUGAACAGAGGGGGCACCUCUUUGGUCAGAGUUCCAUAGCGAAGCCGUUCCUCAGCAUUCGUAUCAUUUUAGAACCCCUCGAUAACCUGAAGAUUGCCAAUGCUCUCGCCACCCACAAGUCAGGCCAGUAACCAUGCAAAGAAAAUGCUGUUGUGGUAUUCCGGCUUUGGGCUCCCAACGGGCACUUGGCACGUCAUCUGCAGUGCCCCUCCUCUGGUCUGAAGUUUUUGAUACAGCUGUGUGCCCUUUAUAUGUAAAAAGCCCACAUGUUUAUAGCAAUGACCUUUUUGAGAUUUGUGCCAAGAUUGGGGAGGACUAUUUAAUAAAAGGAUUGAUGAUGCAA